AUGGAAAUUCACGAAUAACCGAUCAUAAAUUUGUUGUCUUUCUUACACUUGUAAAAUCCAAUAGGUGGUUAUUGUAAGAAUAAAUUUUGAUUUAGUCUUAUGUGCAAAUGUUCCGGAUACAAUAUUUUAUGAGAAUUCAAUUCCAAAGUAAUGGUUUUUCAGUAAGAAAGCUUAGGUGAGAAUGAAAUCAAGAAUGAAAUUGGAUGAUAAUUACAUUCGUUGUUAUUUUUAAGAAUUAAAUUAAGAGAUAGUGGCAAUAUGGAGAACAAAAUAAGAAUUAUAAGUUUUUAAUAAGGAGAGAUUAACUAAGUUCUUUUAGGAAGAAGGUUAAAAAGAUGGGAUUUUAUAAAGAUUUAUAUAUCCAAAAGGGAAUAAGAAUUCUACAAUAAUUAUUUAAUGGAGUUAGAAUUAAACAUUAUUUGAAAAGUUUGAGAGUAAUUUUAUGCUUGAUGAUAAAUCGAUUGAUAUUUAUUAGAGAGCUUUAACUCAUGAAAGAGAUGGAACUCUUGCUUAAUAAAUUAAUAGUAAAUCUUUAACAGAAAGACUUGAACAUUUUACAGCAGCAAUAGCAACACAUGGUAAUGAUUUAAUGAAAUGGAAAUCUAAAAUUAUAAGAAUGACACUAGAGAUUAAAAUAGAUAAUGCUGGUUAAAUAUGGCUUAAUAAUUGUGUUCAUAUUAAAUGGUCUACUUAGGAACAAGUCAAUAUGAAAUCUCUUAGUCUUCCAUCCUUUAUUGAUUAAGAAAAAUUAAUACUUAAAUAACAUAAGAAUAUUCUCAAAGAUAGUCAAUGUGAAAUGUGUGAUACAUUGUUUCAUAAAAAUGAUUUAAUGAAAACAUAUAUCAAAAAUAUAAUUGAAAGUUGGAAUUUUGAUCAUAUGGGUGAUAAUGACAAAUUGUUAGUAACAAAAAAAUAGGAAAUUCUUCUUAGAAAAAAAACAAUGGCUGAAAAAUUGGAUGUAAAAUAAGACAUAGAAUUAAGGUAGGUUAAUUAAAAUUAUUUGAUACCUUCUUUGAUUCGAAAGAUUUUUCCAAAAUUAAAAUAUGCUCAAUAUUAAGAAUUAUUAGGGAAUCCAGGAUUUUUGGAAAUGGAAUUUAAUGUUUGUUAUAACUGUCAUAUUUAAAUAGAUAAAGGAGUAAAUGUUUCUUAAGAUCUAAGUAAAUUAGCAAAACAAGAAAUGUUAUGUCCUGCAACCUAUAGAGGAAUUCAAAGGUUAAGACCUGAAAUAUUAAAGGAACGCUUAAUUGUAUAAAUUAUAUUAAUAUUAAUAGACAACAAGAAGAGAGAUAUUAAGAAAGAUAGCUAAUCAUGGUCAUAGAAAUGAAUAGAUGAAUGAAAGAAUUCCUUAAGUAUCAACAAGAAUAUUUAACUCAACAAAUUCAAGUAGAAUUGUGGGUAUCUCACCUAUAAAAAGUAUGAUCACUUCUAUAUUACCAAAAUAUUCUAUGAUAACUUUAGAUACAAAGAUUAAUAACAAGAAUGCUACAACAAGAACACAUUCUAGAAGAGUAAGUGAUUUGAAAUGA